UUCUGACUAAUGUCAUGUUUAUGUUCUGACAAAUAACAUGAUAUACAGCAUAUGUUCUAUCAAUCAAAACCCUAUGUUCUGAUUAAUUUGAAUAUUUAAACAACGCCAUUUUUUCGUUUGAUUCAUUAACCAUACAUAAAUAAAUGACAAACGUUUAUAAUCUCAUUCAUGACAAUAUAACCGAAGCUUCAUGUGAAAAAUAUAAAUUAUUGAAUAAUUAUUUCAACGAAAAUACAUAUGAAUUAUUUGAUAUAAUAAUAAAUCGUUAUUCGCGUGAAAUGACAAUUACCGAGUUGAUUUAUUUCUAUAAUUUACAUCGAUACGCAAAUGAUCCAGCGAAUUGGAUCUCAAUUAUGCUUCAUGAAUGCGGGUUUGCAAUCGGCAUAAUAACCCGCAUUAAAAGGGAGGGAGUUUUUAAUUUAACUCCAGCUGAUUUUAAGCUGGUCCUCCCUUACCUCGAUGAUUUUUGGGCCCGGGAUGGCCUUGCCGGAGCUUGGGAUAUACUCCUUGAAGUAUAUCGCAAGCAAAAUGGAGAGAUUUAAUUCUCUCUAAUUUAAUUCUUUUUU